AUGCGGUCGCUACUAAGCCUCGCCGUGCUGGCGGCUGCGUCGGUGGUGUCGGCUGUGAGCGUCACGGGCAACCGAUUGCUCGUUGUGUUGGACGAUGUUGCUGAGAAAGAGAGCUACAGCAAGCUGUUUGGAAGUUUGGCUGAUCGAGGCUUCGAUAUCACAUACGACACACCUCGCAGCGAAGACCUUCAACUGUUCCACUUGGGCGAGCGAACCUACGACCACAUCGUUUUCCUGCCUACAAAGGUCAAGGCUCUUGGGCCAAAACUGACGCCCCAAAUCCUCCUCGAUUUCGUCAAUGCGGCAGGAAAUAUCAUGGUCGCUUUGUCUGCGACAACACCGGCCUCGACAUCGACGGUUGCCUUCCUCGCUGAGCUCGGCAUCUCACUGCCUCAGGAGCGGACGGGACUGGUUGUGGACCACUUCAACUACGAUACUGUCUCUGCGAGCGAGAAGCACGAUACGCUUGUACUGCACAACUCCAAGCCUGUCAGGUAUGACAUGUGGGACGUUUUCUCCCUGCGCGAUGACGAGUUUCUAGCCUUGCCACACACGGUUGGACACACCCUUGGCGCUGGAGAGCUGCUUACUCCUAUCCUGCGCGCGCCCUCUACUGCCUACAGUUACAACCCCAAGGAGCAGACCGAAGCUGUAGACCCUGACGACUUGUUUGCUGCAGGACAGCAGCUCGCGCUUGCGUCUGCUUUCCAGGCCCGCAACUCGGCUCGCGUGACGGUUCUCGGAUCCGCUGAGAUGCUCCAGGACAAGUGGUUCGACACCAAGGUCGCCGUCGAGGGAGGCAGCAAAGUCUCUACGAAGAAUGCGGAGUUUGCCAAGACCCUGACUGGCUGGACGUUCCAAGAGCUGGGCGUGCUCAGGGUCGAGGAAAUCGAGCACCGUCUCAAGGACAGCAACGAGACCAACCCGGAAAUCUACCGCAUCAAGAAUGAGGUGCACUACCAGAUUUCUCUGUCGGAGUACCGUUGGGAUGCGUGGGUGCCCUUCAACGCCAACCCCAAUGACCCUCCCCAGCUCGAGGUCAGCAUGCUGUCACCCUUCCAUCGUCUGAACCUCGCGCCGGAAGAGCACUCUGCGACCGACAGAACCCGCACCUACAGCACAGAUCUCAUCCUGCCUGACCAGCACGGCAUCUUCAACCUCAGGGUCAACUACAAGCGCCCUUUCUACACGUACGUCGAUGAGAAGUGCACGGUCAGUGUCCGCCACAUGGCUCACGAUGAGUGGCCGAGAAGCUUUGUCAUCUCGGGCGCGUGGCCCUGGAUCUCUGGCAUUGGUGCGACGGUCAGUGGGUUUGUGAUGUUCUGCGCAAUCUGGGUGUAUAGCAAGCCUGCGGCUCCACUGGUGAAAAAGACACAAUGA